AUGCCGCUGUCGAAAGCACCAGGAGAUGUAUCCCGUAGGCUUGAGUACAGCGUCGCCCCAGAGGCAAUAUCCAGUGCGAACGCAGUAUAUCAAGCACGGAAAAACUUGGAAGACGAGAUUGCAGAUAACCUUCGAGUCGUUGCAAGGCUCCGAUCACGUUUGAACACCCUCACGCCCAUUGCACGCCUUCCUCCGGAGCUUUUAGCUGCCAUCUUCGCCCAUUAUAUUGCCCAAUUUCCAAAAACUGCCAGCACCCACUACUACAAAUGGUUGCAAGUAACGCAUGUUUGCUCGCGGUGGCGCCAUGCUGCCCUUGCAUUCCCCACGCUAUGGGCUCACAUAGUCCUUCCUGCCGAUCCGGAGUGCGUGGACGAGAUGCUACUGCGCUCGGGUGCAGCUCCUCUCUCCGUCAGUGCCAGCUACUCGCGCAUGCGCUGGUCACAAUCAACAGAAGAUCCAGAGUGUCUCGCCCUGACAAUGCACCAUCUGUCGCGUAUACAACACCUAUGGCUUUCGGCCCCUCCACAUAUAUUGGAGUUGCUCUGGGACGAAUCGGAUGACCCAGCCUCUCUGGAAUCGCUCAUGUUAAUCAGCGACACCUUCCCAUUCGACCCUGUACAUGGCCCGGCUUCCCAGCGGUUGACGAUACCUAUCCUUUUCCCGGUUAGCCGAGCACCGCGUCUUCGCAGCCUUGCAGUUCACAACUAUCCCAUCUGCUGGGACACGCUCUCAUCUCUAAGUUCUCUUCGGCAUCUCAAGAUUCGCAACAACAAGCGCGAUCAUGGACCCAUCUUCAUGAGCAAGUUGAUCAGUGAGCUGGAGAAAAUACCCGCAUUAGAGUCCCUCGCGCUCGAUACCAUCUUUCGGACCGACGAGGAAGCCACUGGACGGAUACUCGCCCUAUCCCACCUCCAGUCCCUCGAGCUUGCGGGCGACAUGUCUCGAUGCGUCGACUUCCUCAAUCAUCUCACGCUCCCGUCCAACAUCCGCUUGGUCAUUCGCUGCGACGGGAACGAUGUGCAGGCAUUAUCCCGGGCCCUUGCUGCGAAGGUCUCACAGCCCAAGCGAAAGCCGCUGAAAAGCUUGUAUGUGUACGAACUCGGGGGGGACUUCCACCUUCACGCCUACGAACAUGACCACCGUCAGCUGUUCGCGAGCCUCCGCAGUCCGCGCUCACUAUUUGACGUAGAGGCGCCUAUCUUUGAUGAUGCGGAAAGCACGCUCUCUAUCGUGUGCGCCGGCCGCGGCAUACACAUCACGGCCAUUCUGCUCGCCAUGUGCAAGGCGCUGCCGCUUGCGAACGCCCAGUCCCUGUUUGUGUCGGGCGAGAUGAUGGCGCACGAGCGAAUGUGGCUUGAAACGUUUGGGAAGAUGAAGAACCUCUCCGCAUUGUGGGUGCACGAGGAUGCGGGGACCGUCUCGCUUUCCAAGGCUCUCCUCCGGCGCCAGACCCGGCCACAUGGCAUAUCGAAGGACAGGCCGGAGUCCUACUAUUUCCCCCACCUACGAUUGUUGAAGUUGCACGGUCUCCGCUUUAGGACGGUCGACGAAUACUGGGGCGACGAGUACGGCGCGUUCGCGCUGUCCCUUCUGGAUUGCUUGACGGACCGCGCCAAGCACGGGGCAAAAAUCUCAAAGCUGAUUCUGAAGACCUGUAUCAACAUGGAGAAGGACGACGUCGAGUAUCUUCGGAAACAUGUGGGGUCCGUCAUAUGGGAUCACGUGGAAGAUUAUGAUGAUCGGGUUGAAGAGGACGAUGUAGUCGAUGAGGAUGAAGACGAUGACGAGGAUAACGAUCAAGAUGAUGACAUUCACGAUUGA